AUUACUUUCCUCUCCAAAAUUGACGAGACUAAAGCGAUUCCGACAUGCACAUUUAUUGAUAAGAGCAAUUUAUGACUGUGCCAGACCGCACUAAACUUUUGGUUUUCAGAAGAAAGUGAGUUCCUUACAAGCUCUUGAGGUGACGUUGCGCUCGGCUGGGUCAAGUUUUUCAUUCAUUCUCGCUUUCGCUCCAGCUAUCUCUGAUAUCUGUCGCGACCGCGCCUCCGCAGACGUAACAAGGAUGUUUCGGUGCAGGCCUGCGCAUAUCUUACCAGCUAUGCAUGAAAUCGGACCGCAACCUCGUUUAUCGUAAAGAGAUCUGGGGGCUCGCCGCUGCUAUAUAUACCGUCCCCGUGUCCAUAUAGCGGCUUAUGCGCCGCGGAGUCUGACGAACUGAAUAAUUGGAGCACCUGUCUGUGCUCGACACAGCCGAUCGCCUUGUCUUCCUAUCCGCAAACGCUCGCACUUCUUUGUGGCAGCGGGUGGUUGUUAGGCACAGCAGCAACACCCUCAGCAGGCGGUGAGCAAGGGACUCGGCAGCGAGAUCACGCGCGGGAAAUAGCUUUAGGUGCGGGCCGCUGAAGGUUACCACUGCCUUGAGCCUCAGCGGCACGCAGCAUGGAAUUUUUGCUUGGCGGACUGGCCGCGUGUGGUGCUGGCUUUUUCACCAAUCCUUUGGAAGUGGUCAAGACACGUAUUCAGUUGCAGGGCGAGCUGCAGGCUCGCGGACACUACACAGUUCACUACCGCAAUGUGUUUCACGCGUUCUACGCCAUCGGCAAGCACGACGGCCUCCGGGCGCUGCAGAGCGGCCUGUCGCCGGCACUGUGGUACCAGUUCUUUAUGAAUGGCACCCGCCUGGGCGCCUACCACAUCAUGGAAGACCUGCAACUCACCAAGAACAAGAACGGCAGCAUCAACGUGCCCUGCAGCAUCGCGGCUGGCGCCGUGGCCGGCUGCGUUGGCGCCUUCGUGGGGAGUCCCCUCUACCUGGUCAAGGUGCAGCUGCAGGCACAGUCAGCAACGUCCAUAGCUGUGGGCUACCAGCACAACCAUGAGGGUAUGCUGGCGGCAUUUCUGCGCAUCUACCGCAGAGACCACCUACGUGGCCUGUGGCGAGGCGUGAAUGCUGCCUUGCUUCGAGUCUCCUCUGGCUCAGCGGUACAGCUGACGACAUUCUCCAAGAUCAGGUCUCAGAUCAACCACAUCGCUAUAUUUCGAGAGCGGUCCUGGCUUGAAGCACUCGUGGCCAGUUCAGCAAGUGGGUUGGUGGUUGUGGCCACCAUGACUCCAUUUGACGUCUGCUGCACGCGUCUGUACAACCAGCCUACAGAUGCUACUGGCAAAGGCCUCAUGUAUAAAAACGUGUUUGACUGCUUUGCAAAGGUGUUCAAGACAGAAGGACCUUUGGGUUUCUACAAGGGCGUGACAGCCAGCUUCCUCAGGCUUGGCCCCCACACUGUGCUGAGUCUCGUCUUCUGGUCGGAACUGCGGCGAGAGUAUGCACUCUUCUCACAGCCCAGUGUCGAGGCUGCCUGACGACUCGGUGCAUUCUGGUCCCACGUUUAGUUUCUUGCUCCCCUUCUUUGUUCCUUAGACUUGGCAUCAUUGUCAGACAUCCAAGACUUCGCUUGGCAUUACCAAAUGACUGAAGGUGUGCAAAAUUGUGACGCAGCAUGAUCUUUAAUAUUUGUGUGUGCGUUGCCUCUUUGCAGCUACACUGUCAAGAAAGCGUGUUUUAACACUUUGGGCCAAAUGUUCACUUUGCUUAUCUGCUGCAGAGAUAAGUAUGUGACUUGCUGUUUUGUAAGGCUUUGUUCAAGAAAGUACAAAUGCUGUCUUGUUCAGCAUCCGAAGCGUGGUGCUGCCUUGAAGGUGGACUGGUGGUGUUUUGUAAUGACAGGAAAAUGUCUGGUUCAUUGUUCCUCACCCUGUUGAAGCCCUACAGUUAUAAGGAACGGAGCUUCCCUCCUUGUACAGUAUUUAAGCUCCCCUCCACUCUUAUAAAAAAUGGCUCAUCUUGUUUGCUUAUUGAAGACUGUUGGCAGCAUGGCUGAGAUCUCUGUUUCAUACUUUUCACUAGGCACAUAUUGCAAAGUUUUUAGGAUUGGUGGCAGCAGGGCAUCAGCAUUGACUAUGCUGAUGGUGCCCUGUGUUCUCUGUGUGUACAGUUUUUACAUGGAUGUAUUCACUCAAGUGCGCAGAAGCAUGUUGAGCUAUGGAACAAAAUAUGCUGAAGAGGUUUUGAGAGUUUACAAGUGUACAUUCUGAAUGACUGAGAGAUAAAAGCCUCAACUGUUUAUUCCAACAACCUUUAUUAUGAUACCUGUGAAAGAAUAUAUUUCCACUGAUGCUUCUUUUGCCUUGUCUUUUACUGUAGUGGUUUACCUGCAAGCUAGUGUGUGAUCUUAGCUAGAAAGAAAUAUAUAGGAGUAUUUUAACUUUAGUUCAACAUUUUCUCACCCAUAAAACUGGAACUUAAUUUAGGGCAUUGAUGACUGUUUGAUAGCCAAUUUAUGAUAAAAUGUGUGCUUUUUCAGCAAGCUCCUUGUCUCUCCAAAUGGUUGGAAAUGGUUGUUAUGGUUUUGUACAGGUAUAAUUGUAGAACAAGUUGGGUAACACAGCUACUUUCUAUGCUGUUAAUAUAUUUUAUUCAUCUGUAUUUAAUGCUAACAUUAAUCUUAUAUUGAGGAAUCUAGUGCCUGAUCCUGUGAAAUUCUGCCAACUUCAUUUAAUGAAAAAUAGCUGUGUAGCUUUAACUAUAAGAAUGCUAUUUCGAGGUGGAAAUCUUUGUUUAAUUUCCCCUUUGUUGACCUGUGAUCUCCUGUAAAACCAUGUAAAGAAAGCGGAGCUUUCUGAAUAUUGCAGAAUCUCAUCUGUGCUCGUAACUACUUUUGUUGAACCAUCUUGCAUGCCGUCACUAUUUGUACUUGAAGUACAUAUCUUACCAGUGACUAUUUUUCUUUGCCGCUUUUAACCAGUGCUUGAGAUGGUUUAUUUUUCCUUGUAUGACUAAAGCAACAUUUAUUGUUCAUUGCAGAUGCUGCUGUGCUGUUGCAUUUCAUGUGUCCUUAUGUGAAAAACAAUAACUGUAGGUUUGUUUCCUUAUAUUGGCACGAGUAUGUGCAUGCAGUGGAAAGGUGAGGCCCUCUACUUGUGUUUCAUUAGCUUGUGUACCUGUGGGUUCAGAUUUAGAGCACAGGCACAGGUAUUUUCUUUUUUAUUCCCAAGAUGUAUAAUUUAGUGUGGCACUUGUUUCCCACUACGUCAAAGAUGCAUAUUAUUGGACAAUUGGAGCAUAAACCGGAAAAUAAAAGGCAACACUAAA